AUGAAGGGUCUCAAAAAGGCAAUGAACCUGUCUCGGUCCAAAUCCAGCGAUCCGAACGGGUCCAGCAACAGGUCGAGCUCCGCGGGCGGUGGUACGGUGCCGGCCCCGCCGCCCAAGGGUGGCACGGUGCCGUCUAGUCCGGCGUACCAGGGGUCGCUCAAGGGCAAGGACUUUGGCUCGGCGCCUGCCAGCUCGGCGGCCACGCCAUCGUCCAGAAGCAGCAGCAUCACAUCCCAGCCAUCGGGACCGGCCGGCUAUGCGGGCAACGCCUUUGCGAGCGGACAAGUCGUCUCCUCGGAGAUGCCGGCCGAUCCCAUCCCGCAUGCGGUCGCCACCUCGUCGCAACCCUCUUCGUCUGUAACCCCCUUCCACCACACCGGUUCGCCCGGCUCACCACCGCCGCCCGGAGGGGCGAUGGCCUCGCUCAGCAACGCCGGCCUUGCCCCGUCUGAGCUGGCCACGCCCCCGAAAGCAGGUGCGCUCAACAGGCUGCGACAGGGAACAACAAGCACCGGGCCCAAGGACACCAUCCCCAUCACGUCCAAGACGCCCCCAAGGAAGCAGCGCUCCAGCCGCUUCCACGUGACGGAAAAGGUCGAGCUGGAGAAGCUGCCCAACUUCAACGAGGUCGUGCCGGCGGAUCGGCCAGAGUUGUUUGUGCGGAAGCUGCGUCAGUGCUCGGUCGUUUUUGACUUCAACGACGCCAGCCAGGAGCUCAAGGGCAAGCAGGUCAAGGCGCAGACGCUGCACGAGAUGCUCGACUACAUCACCAGCAGCCGCGGUGUCAUCACCGACAACAUCUACCCGGAGGUUGUCUCGAUGUUCGGAUCGAAUCUGUUCCGCUCGAUCCCGCCGCAGGUCAACCCGACCGGCGACGCGUUUGAUCCGGAGGAGGACGAGCCGGUGCUCGAGCUGGCAUGGCCGCACCUCCAGAUCGUCUACGAGUUCUUCCUGCGCUUUGUCGAGAGCCCGGACUUCAACACCAACUUGGCCAAGAAGUACAUCGACCACCACUUUGUCCUGCAGCUGCUCGAGCUCUUUGACAGCGAGGACCCGCGCGAGCGCGACUUCCUCAAGACGACCCUCCACCGCAUCUACGGCAAGUUCCUCAACCUCCGCGCCUUUAUCCGCCGUUCGAUCAACAAUGUCUUCUUCCAGUUCAUCUACGAGACCGAGAGGCACAAUGGCAUCGCCGAGCUGCUCGAGAUCCUCGGGUCGAUCAUCAACGGCUUUGCGCUGCCGCUCAAGGAGGAGCACAAGACGUUCCUCACGCGCGUCCUCAUACCCCUCCACAAGGUCAAGAGCCUCGCCCUCUACCACCCGCAGCUGGCCUACUGCGUCGUCCAGUUCCUCGAAAAGGACAGCUCGCUCACCGAAGAGGUGCUACUCGGCCUGCUCCGCUACUGGCCCAAGGUCAACUCACCAAAGGAGGUCAUGUUCCUCAACGAGGUCGAGGAGAUCCUCGACGUGAUCGAGCCCGCCGAGUUUGUCAAGAUCGAGGUGCCCCUCUUCCAGCAGCUGCAGCGCUGCAUCAACAGCCAGCACUUCCAGGUCGCCGAGCGCGCACUCUACUUUUGGAACAACGAGUACAUUGUCAACCUCAUCGGGGACAAUGUCCAGGUCAUCCUCCCCAUCGUCUUCUCGGCGCUCUACCAGAACUCCAAGAGCCACUGGAACCGGACGAUCCACGGCCUCGUCUACAACGCGCUCAAGCUCUUUAUGGAGAUCAACCCGGCGUUGUUUGACAUGUGCACCAACGACUUCAAGCAGCAAAGACAGAUGGAGAGGCAAAAGCUGCGGGAUCGCGACGAGGCGUGGCGGAGGUUGCGCGAGUCGGCGAUCGAGAACAGCAAGGCGAUCGGCGCCCCGAUCCCUAAGACGCUGCAGGACGAUGACGCGGCACCCGCGGGCUCGUCGACAUUAUCCGACACCGACUCAAUUGACUCGGCGGGCGAUCUCGCCGGCGGGGCGGGCAGCCUCUUUGAGGGCGUCGGCCACCGCAGCAACGGCGAGGUGUCGACGACGGAUUUUGAGGACGCUGAGCAGGGUCUUGAGCAACCGGACGGCGUGCCCACCACGCCCCGGCACAACGGCGAGGACGGCCUGGACGACAUGCGGCAAUUUCCAGAGACGUCGCGGCAGCAGGUCGGCAAGCAGGAGAGCCCGCACGUGCGUCGCAAGAGCGUGAUUCCGAUGGACCCUUCAGUGCUCGCCGAGCUGGCCGGCCACAAAAGCCUCGACGGCGCCGUGGCUAACAAGCCGGCGGCAGACGCCUAG